AUGGAGGUUAACACCUGCAGUGCUAACACUGUUGAUCAGAACACCUGCAGUGCUAACACUGUUGAUCAGAACACCUGCAGUGCUAACACUGUUGAUCAGAACACCUGCAGUGCUAACACUGUUGAUCAGAACACCUGCAGUGCUAACACUGUUGAUCAGAACACCUGCAGUGCUAACACUGUUGAUCAGAACACCUGCAGUGCUAACACUGUUGAUCAGAACAUUUGCAGUGCUAACACUGUUGAUCAGAACACCUGCAGUGCUAACACUGUUGAUCAGAACAUGUGCAGUGCUAACACUGUUGAUCAGAACACCUGCAGUGCUAACACUGUUGAUCAGAACACCUGCAGUGCUAACACUGUUGAUCAGAACACCUGCAGUGCUAACACUGUUGAUCAGAACAUGUGCAGUGCUAACACUGUUGAUCAGAACACCUGCAGUGCUAACACUGUUGAUCAGAACACGUGCAGUGCUAACACUGUUGAUCAGAACAUGUGCAGUGCUAACACUGUUGAUCAGAACAUGUGCAGUGCUAACACUGUUGAUCAGAACACCUGCAGUGCUAACACUGUUGAUCAGAACACCUGCAGUGCUAACACUGUUGAUCAGAACAUGUGCAGUGCUAACACUGUUGAUCAGAACAUGUGCAGUGCUAACACUGUUGAUCAGAACACCUGCAGUGCUAACACUGUUGAUCAGAACACGUGCAGUGCUAACACUGUUGAUCAGAACACCUGCAGUGCUAACACUGUUGAUCAUAACACCUGCAGUGCUAACACUGUUGAUCAGAACACCUGCAGUGCUAACACUGUUGAUCAGAACACCUGCAGUGCUAACACUGUUGAUCAGAACACCUGCAGUGCUAACACUGUUGAUCAGAACACGUGCAGUGCUAACACUGUUGAUCAGAACACCUGCAGUGCUAACACUGUUGAUCAGAACACCUGCAGUGCUAACACUGUUGAUCAGAACACCUGCAGUCCUAACACUGUUGAUCAGAACACCUGCAGUGCUAACACUGUUGAUCAGAACACCUGCAGUGCUAACACUGUUGAUCAGAACACCUGCAGUGCUAACACUGUGAUCAGAACACCUGCAGUGCUAACACUGUUGAUCAGAACACCUGCAGUGCUAACACUGUUGAUCAGAAAACGUGCAGUGCUAACACUGUUGAUCAGAACACCUGCAGUGCUAACACUGUUGAUCAGAAACACCUGCAGUGCUAACACUGUUGAUCAGAACACGUGCAGUGCUAACACUGUUGAUCAGAACACCUGCAGUGCUAACACUGUUGAUCAGAACACCUGCAGUGCUAACACUGUUGAUCAGAACACCUGCAGUGCUAACACUGUUGAUCAGAACACCUGCAGUGCUAACACUGUUGAUCAGAACACGUGCAGUGCUAACACUGUUGAUCAGAACACCUGCAGUGCUAACACUGUUGAUCAGAACACCUGCAGUGCUAACACUGUUGAUCAGAACACCUGCAGUGCUAACACUGUUGAUCAGAACACCUGCAGUGCUAACACUGUUGAUCAGAACACCUGCAGUGCUAACACUGUUGAUCAGAACACUAAGCAAAGGUUCGACUACACAUUUGCAAUUGCACCACUAGGCACCACUAGGGACACAGAUUAA